GGGGACGCGAACGUCACGUCCACGUGAGAUUCCCCGUUCCACCGCACGCAAGUCGCGACCGUGCCUCUGUUUAGGAGACAGAGGCUGGUCGCGAUCGCCCACUCCGAAAGGGCCUCGCCUCGCGCAUCCGUGCGGGGGGAACCCCAAUGUCAUUACAAAAUCCUAAUCAAAACUUUUUUUGUUCCAAAACCGAUACUCACAUGCAACACUCGGAUAUAAAAUCGAUUCUGACAAUAAUUUCGGCUGCAUUUAUCAAAUAAGGAAUUUUUCAUUUGUAAAGUUAAUCCACACAAAUGCUUACGUAAUAAAUACAAUCAAUUAAAGAUUUUAAUCCGACAUUCAUUUUGACAUGUAGUAUCUAAAUAGCGGAAUUAGGUGCAAUAAAAUUAUUAUCUUCUUUCAUUAAUUACAACCGAACGUGAAAGAUACGAUAUUGUAUAAAUAGUCGUCUUGAAUUCAUUUGUAUUAUAGUUGAAACGACAACAAACAAACCAGCAAAAAUGAAAUCUGUGAUCAUCAUCGCCGCCUUCGUUGCCGUGGCCAUAGCCGCCCCUGCCCCUGGCAAGUACGAGCCCAUCUCCGUUGGACCUGCUCUUGUUGACACCUACGAACCCAUCUCUGUUGGACCUGCUCUUGUUGACACCUACGUGCCCAUCUCUGUUGGACCUGCUCUUGUUGACACCUACGAGCCCAUCUCCGUCGGACCUGCUCUUGUUGACACCUACGAGCCCAUCUCUGUUGGACCUGCCAUUGUUGAAGGUGCCCCUGUGACUGUCACCGGCGCUGAUGGCACUCCCCUCGUCCAGAUCAUCAUCAACGUGAACCGUCCUUCCGAGAUUGCCGCUGAUCCCGUUGAUGUUGAGGACAUUGCCGAAGAGCCUUUGCCCGAAGUUGUUAUUCUCCCCACUCCCGUAUUUCCUGAAAUCGACGUUCCUGAACCCGUGGAGCUCCCCAGCCCUGUCCUCCCCGAAGUCGUCAAGCCCGUAAUUGUUGGUACCCCUAUCAUCCCGGCUCCCGCUGUCACUCUUCCCGAGACCCUCAACUGAGCCAGCUUACUGAUAUUCUUGCAAUAGUACAGUAUAAUUGUAAAUAAAAAUACAAAAAUGAUGAUCUAAAUGUAAAAAUAUUGUAUCAUGAGCACCAAUAAAUAACUCAAUUCAAAAUAAAA